AUGGAUCAAGAGAGGUCUCGAUGGUGGUCGCGCUUCCGAAAUCAACACACAGCAAGUGGCUACAUGCUGCAGGCAGCAAAAGUGGUGGGCAGCGAAGCGCUUGGUCUGUCCGAGAGAUUUCUCAAGCAUCGAGAGCAGGGUGUCAAGCCUCGCUGCGACUUUAGUGUGACCAGCAUCGAUACGGCCGUGGUUGAUGGCCAUGUUCUGCGCGGCAGCUUGUUACUUCCCAAAGGUUUGGAAGGUCCUUUUCCGUCGGUGCUGCUGCGGACACCCUAUGGGCGCAAAGCUGAAAUGGGCCAAAGUGUCCUGGCCAAGCAGGGCUAUGCCGUUUUGGUGCAAGAUACGCGUGGGCGCUUCUCCAGCAGUGGGGAGUUUGUGCCUGUGCAACAUGAACAAAUGGACGGGGAAGCGACAGUGGCUUGGAUGAGACAGCAGUCUUGGUGCAAUGGCAAAGUCGGCGUCACAGGUGUGAGCUACCUUGGGUUCACGGCUUGGGCCUGUGUGGAUCGUGCCAAUGUGGAUGCGAUUGUUCCGAUGAUCACUCAGAGCAACAUCCGCAGUGCAGUGUUCCGUCCUGGGGGUGCAGUGAGCUUUGAGCUGGUGGUGCUUUGGUUCUACCUGGUGUUGCAUCUCAUGAAGGACCUGGGCCGUGACCGGUGGUCCUUUGUGCGGAAGCUCUGGCAGGGUAUCCGGGAGGAGAAGCUUCGCAAAGCGUUCAAGUCACUUCCCAUGGGCAAGGUGGAUGAAAUCAUUCUGGGCUCUCCCAACAGCUUCUUGCAGGCUGGGCUUUCGGCACAUGGUGAUGCAUCCAGCGGCUUUUGGGAGGGCAAGGAGAAGCUGUGCAACUUCGAGAAGCCCAUCCCUCCAUGCCACAUCCUCACAGGCUGGUACGACUUCUUCCUGGAGGGCGCUUUGGAAGACUUCCAGAUGGCCUUGAGACGGGGGAGUCAUGUGAGUUUGACUGUGGGGCCAACUCACCAUUGGAGCCUGCUGGGAUUUCGCCAAGUCUUUGAGAAGACGAUGCUCUCCACCUUCGAUGAGCAUUUGAAGGGUGACCUGCGAUGGCACGGCCAAAGCCAGGAGGAUCCAGGGCAGAGGCCACUGAGCAUGGUCUCCGCCUCUGCAGAGGAACACCAUGACCGGCGGGUGCAUCUCUACGUGCUCGGCCUGGGUUGGCGCCACUACCGGAGCUAUCCACCCUUGACGGUGAUGGAGUCUUGGCACCUGGGCUCCAGCUUCGACCUCCGACGAACUUCACAAGAGGUGAAUCACAGCUUCUUGGAGUUGACUCGGCGCCGGCUGCUGCUGACGCCGCUCCCCCUGGCCGGCUGGUGUGCCCGGUGCUGGGGUGCCCUUGUGCUGAUGCCAGCCGCCACCCUGGAUGGACCAGUGAGGCCACUCUCCGAGCUCAUGUGGAUGUGCACCUCGCUGGCGCUUUGGCCGGAGAGGUCCCAGCGGCCUGGCUUGCAGCCGGUUGCUUUGCGCCUCCUUCGGGCAUGUGGUGGGUUUGCGCGCUUGCUGCACACCACGAGAUGUUGCCCUCCCAGCGGCCAGAAGAGCGCCUUGGUGCAGUUUGACACGCUGGUGCAGCGAUGCUUCAGUUCCUUCACUGGCAUCCAUUGCUCUGUGCAGCAAUGGGCUCAAGCUACCCGGGGUUUGCCUCUGGCAGGCUUGGGGCUUCGCUCCACUUCGACGCAUUCACCAGCGGCCUACUUGGUCUCUGUGGGCGCGUGCCUCCAACAGUGUUGUGACCUCGACCCAACCUAUCCAGCCGACCUCACCGCCAGCCCGGAUGUGCUCGAUGCCAUGCGCUUGUUCAAUGCUUGCUUGGAUGCCGGCCAGCAUCUUUCAGCAGCAGCUGCUUUGACCAGGCAGCAACAAGACCUCAGCCGAUUGCUGGACAAGGCGGGCUGGGAUGCCCAGAUGGCCGCCGCUUCGGCGGUGGAAAGGACCAGCCUGGUUUCUGAAGGAGAACUGGGCGGGCGGGCUUUCUUGGCAGCCAUCCCGCAUGGGUCCAGGCAAAUGGAGUCGGCGCUGUUCGUGGCGGAGCUCCGUCUGCGCCUGCAGGUGGCGGACGCUGCUGAGGACACCUGGUGUCCGAAAUGCGAUGCAGUGCUGGACACGCACUCGCAUCACGCAGCAGUCUGUCUCGCAGGAGGUGAGCGGACCCAGCGUCGCCACGCUGUGCGUGACCUCAUUUCGUCUUGGGCCGAGCGGGUCGGCUUGCGCCCUGAGAAGGAGAAGCCAGGGUUGCUGCUCCCUCAACACCCAGAUGACCAUCGGAGUUGCCAGCGGCGGCCAGCGGACAUUUUCAUUCCUGUUUUCAAUGGUGCCCCAACUGCAUUUGACAUAGCCGUUACGGCCUCCCAGCGGUUGGACACCUUGGCGGAAGCGGGACAUGUUGCGGCUGCUGCUGCCACGGCCUACACGGAGGUCAAGCGGAAGCACCUCAACACCGCCGAGCUCUGCGCAGCCCAAAAUGUGCGGUUCCAGCCCUUGGUCGCCGAGACCACUGGCGUUUGGAGCCCUGAGGCUGCCCGGGUGCUGCGGCAAGUGGCGCGCACAGCUGCUUUGCGCUCUGGCGAUGAUGUGGGCCUUGCUCAGGCCAACCUGUUCCAAGAGGCCUGCAUUCUCAUCCGGGGCAUCGUGCCCGUGCGGCCCUUCGCCGCUGCGCUGAGCGGGUGACAGCAAGGACGAUCUGAGGUGCAGAGCCACCUUUCCUUGAUGCCUGCGUGGUGGACGUUUUUGUUUUCUGUUCGGCUUUCCGCUUCCACUUUGCAAGGAGACGGGUGCCUUUGCGUCGAUUUUGCCUUGGCGUUUUUGGGGAAUGUUUUCCUUCGGUUUUUCCUCCAUUUGCCUUGCGGCUUCGACGCCGUCUAGACUAGCCGGCCCUACGCGCCACGUGGAGGACCUGGCCUUUCCCCCCCUGUUUCGGUGGGGCCUGUUUACACGGUUUCCUUUUCCCUUUUUUUUGGGGCCUUUGCUGCAGGGCACUGUACAGCCGGCCUUGGCAUGGCCCCUUGUUCCUAGCUUGUUUCUUUGAUCUUUCGAACCCUUUAAGUGCGGCCCUUGUUUGAAGCCCAUGCCUGUGGCAUGUGUCAGCUUCCUGUGUACAUUUCUUUGCAGGGCAGUAUUGUAGCAGCAUCCCAGUCCCCACGAUUGAAGGACAUUGACUACUGGUCUCUUUCGAUGUCCUAGCUUCCUCGCACGUGUUUGAUCUGAUGGGUCAAUCUGAGAAAAGAUGACAUCCUUGCCAGAGAAGCAUGCUGUGUCAAACCCAGGAAUUGGUUCCGAUUUGCUCAUGUUUGCCCGAGCGUUUCUCAGGUUACUUCUACAAUCCGGCAAGGC